ACAGCAGUGCAUCUCUUCUGCUCUUUUACCAGCACUGAACUUCAGAAAACUCUUAUUAGUGAAAACUGUUUGACUGCUUUUUGAAAAUGAGGUAAAUUCAUCCAGAAGCUAAAGUACUCUUUUCCAAAAGAAACGCUAAUCAGGCAUGUGACUGUUUUGGAUCAAGUUACGAGAAGGUUAAUUCUCUCCAGUUUCAUCUGAAGCUGGUCAGCGAAGCCGUUUAUCCUCUACAGUACACUUUCACUGGGUUGCUGUCUUCAUAUACUGGGACUUCAAGACAUUCAUCAUCACUAGUGAGAGGACAAGUUGUUUUUGUCUAUUAUUAUCUGAGUAUAAUUCUGCGAUUAUGUCUUCUCCUGGUAAGACGGGGACGGUUUCAAACUCAGCGAGAAGACUUUCACGAACAAAAAGCAAGAAAAAACAUUUUGUGCAUCAAAAAGUGGAGGUAUUUUGGGCCAGCGAUCCCGUCCUGACUGUGUUUAUGUGGGGCAUCAAUCACACGAUAAACGACCUCUUUCAAGUGCCCAUGCCAGUAAUGCUACUUCCAGAUGACUUCAAAGCCAACAUAAAAAUGAAAGUCAAUAACCACUUAUUCAACAAGGAAAACCUCCCUGGACAUUUCAAGUUUAAGGAGUACUGCCCACUGGUGUUCAGGAACUUAAGAGAGCGAUUUGGAGUUGAACAUCAGGACUUUCUGGUUUCUCUUACACGUAGUCCUCCAGCAAAGGAUGGCAAGAGUCAGGAAGUGGGACUGGCGUUGACAUCAUAUGACCGAACACUAAUUGUCAAGCAAAUCUCCAGUGAGGAGGUGGAGGACAUGCACAACAUCCUUUCAGAGUACCACCAGCACAUCGUAACGUGUCACGGUAGCACGCUACUUCCCCAGUUCCUUGGCUUGUACCGUGUGACUGUGGACAAUGAAGACGCCUACCUUUUAGUCAUGAGAAAUAUGUUCAGCCACCGACUAACUGUCCACAGGAAAUAUGACCUUAAGGGGUCACUGGUUUCUCGAGAAGCAAGCGAUAAAGAGAAGGGGAAAGAACUGCCGACCUUCAAGGACGUAGAUUUCAGAAAUAACAUGCAGCGAGUGUACAUCAGUGAAGAGGAGAAAGAAAAGCUUCUGGAUAAGCUGAACAGAGAUGUAGAGUUUCUUGCGCGACUGAAGAUCAUGGACUACAGCCUGCUGCUGGGCAUUCAUGACGUCGGGAGGGCAGAGCAAGAGGAAGCGGAAGAAAUGAAAGACUCUUUGAGCGAAGAGGAGGAGGAUUCGGAGAAUGACCUGUCCCACACGGCUGUGGGGUCUUUUGGGACGUCACCUGAGGGCAUCGCGGGGUACAUGAGCUCUUAUAAACCUCUCGGUCCGGGAGAGUUUGACCCUUACGUUGACGUGUACGCCAUCCAGAGCGCAGUCGGUGCCCCGCACAGAGAGGUGUACUUCAUGGGUCUCAUAAACAUCCUGAGCCAGUAUGAUACCAAGAAGAAAGCAGCCCAUGCAGCAAAAACGGUCAAGCACGGAGCUGGAGCUGAAAUCUCUGCAGUUCAUCCCGAGCAGUACGCCAGGCGCUUCAGAGAAUUCGUUGCAAACAUCUUUGCCUGAUCGAGAGCAUUUGAAAUAUAUUCUUACAAAAUGUAAUGCGCGUAAAAAAAAAACAAAAAAAAAAACACGUUGAUUUGGAGAUGGUGGUUUGUGCGAUUUAUGAUUAUUAAAUUAUUUGAAAAGCAUUAUUUAAUGAUAUAUAUUUUUUAAAUAUAGAAUAAAAAUCGUCAUGAUCAAUAAAUCGGCUUGAAUCUUAUAUUAAAACUCUGAUUUGCAAUAAAAUGUGAUAAUACAAAUAUUAAA